AUGAAUGCCUGGCUCUCCGACGCCGCGACUGCGAACAUAACCAACCACGACAAUGGCGCUUUCACUAAUAACCCGACCAUCGACCCAUCGAUGGCCUUCCUUCAUCAAUCACCUACCUCUGCCGAUCCUGCCCAGUUCCAGCGCAUGUUCAAUAAUGGCGCCCCCCAGACUAUAUCGCCCGGCUUCCACAACCCCAACUCAGUGAUCCCUUCUAAACGACCGCGUCCCGAUGAUGGGAUGUCCAUGUCUCCUAGGCUUGCCCCUGGUGGUUUGCCUAAUUCUCGUUCGCAUACCCCUCAAGUGCCAUAUCCGGGUUAUCAGGGCCAACAGAUAAAUGGAGCAUCGCAAUUUCCUCAGCCGCAGCAUGCGCCAACUCCUUACCAGCACCUACAACCGGGAGGCUCGGCUAAUGCGAGCCCAUCCCCUAUCCUCCCGGAAUUUGAUCAGCAAGCCGUGCAACGGGUGCAAACUGCGUCUCCUAGUCCGUUUUCGCCCGCUGGAAUCCAUGUUGGCCCACAAAUAUCUCCUUCACACUCUGAUCAUGGCAGUCGCGUCAAUACUCCACAGAACAGCCCUUUCCCCCCAGGUCAACCUUAUGGCCAGGUUGUCGGAUCCCAUUUCUCGCCAUCACCCGCAAUGACUUCCGCUGGCAUUCAUCCUGCGAUGCAAGCGCAAUUCAACCAAAGCAGUGCUUCCCAUCUCCCGCAAGGAUUUCCUCAUCAGCCACAGCAACAGCAGCAACAACCACCACAACAACCACCACCACCACAACAGCAACAGCAAAUGUCUUCGAAACAGCGGCCUUAUCAAAUUCGGCUCCAAAACCAAGCGCGCCAGAUGCAGGCAGUUGCCUCUCCUGUUUCAGUGGGGCGUCCAAUUGGCCCUGGUGGAACGGGGCAGACCCCUAUGCAACAUCCCCAUAUGGCGACCAUGCGACAAAUACAGCAAAAUAUGGCUAAACCUACGAGUCAAGAAGGGUUUUUACAGGUCCUUCAACGGUUCUGGAUGUCACGGGGCCAUCCUCAAGUCAACCUGACCCCCGUCGUCAGUGGACGACCACUCAAUCUGAUGCAGCUAUAUGCGACUGUCAUGAAGAUGGGUGGCUCAAAAAAGAUUAUUGCGACAAACUUGUGGCCUGUGGUGGCCCAACAACUACAGUUUCCCGCCAUGCAGUAUCCAACAGCAGCGCAGGAGAUCCGUGAACACUACAUGAACUCCCUCGCGCAAUAUGAACAAGCGUGGUUAAGUUCGCAGCAGAAACAAUUCACAGAUCAGAUGCACGGUAGUUCCCAGCGGGAUCCUCUAGAAGGCCCUCUCGGCAUUAACCCUCAAAUGUCACCCGCCAAGCCCAUGGGCAACCAUUCCUUCGACAUGCCCAUGACCCAACAAUUCUCCCCGGUCUCGGCUCAGAACCAGCAAGUACAAUCGCAUAAUCACGCCCCUCCUAUACCGGUAAAUGGCUUCGCGACUCCGUCACAAUCUAAAUCUCAACAGCAGAAGCAUACUAGCCAUCAGCAACGAUCGAGUUUGUCCCGGCCACCAGAGUCGAUGUCUCCUAAUGGACGGGUUGCCCAGUUUUCAGCAUCCCCUAUCCAAGUGGAGAAAAAGCCCAGUCCCGUUGUGACAAAAUCGCAACCUGGCAGUGGCGGUAUGGCGGGUGAGGAACUGACGAGCACAUCUUGGCGACGACCUAUAGAAGACACGUUCAAACCUGCUGUGUUUCCUGAAAGCCAAUAUCAUGGGCCUAUUAUUGUGGACGAAAUGUUCCAACUAGGCGAAGAAAUUAUACGAUUGAAACCUAAUGUACCUAGUUUUUUGGAACUUGGGGUAAUCGAUAUUCACGCUCUGACCAUGAGCAUUAAAUCGGGCAUUCACGCCGAGAUGCGCAUGGCGUUGGACACCUUGACGGAGAUGUCCAAUGAACGAUCGAUACAGGUUUCACUCGAUAAUUGCGAAGACCUCGUUGAAGCACUGGUCGAGUGCGCUGAGGAACAAGCAGAGCUUCUUGCGGAGAACGCGGCUGAAGUUUCUGAUGUUAUGCUUUUUCCGUCGUAUGAGGAGGUUUUCCGAGGCUGUCGGCAAGAGAUGGAAGCUUUGCUGGAUGUACCAGAGUUUGGCAGCCUAGAUUAUGAACUCGAUCGCGCCGUGGACCGGCUCAUCUGUAUCACUACCAUCAUACGAAACUUCUCCUUCGCUGAAUCGAACCUGGCUUCGCUGGGUAUGCCCUUUGUCGUCCGAUUUAUAUCGACGAUAAUACGGUAUUUAGGAACAAGAAACAUGUUGUUACGAACUCACCAAAAUACCCUGGAUUUCAUGAAAGACGCCGUCAUUUACCUCAGCAAUCUGUCUCAUUCUAUUCAACUUCCUGGAAAGGACGAAGCACUCUGUUUAUUACAUUUCCUUUUAUCCUUUGCCCCGACUCCUGUCCCAACCUCUUUCGGUAAUAACACUAUUAUGUUCACGCCAUACAACCCAAGCAUACACAAAUACAUGCCUGCCGCCGUAGACAGCUUGGCCAAACUACUUGCGCGAGACGACCCAAAUCGCACCUACUACAAAGCCAUUUUCGCUCAGGACUGCGCCUCAUCACCCCCCUAUGAACUACUCACACGAACCUUGGGCCUCUCCAUCGCCGCCAUCCCAAAGCACAUGCGAGGAAACAUCGUUGGCCUAGUCGACGCCCGCAAACCACUACUCAUGCAAGGCAUGCUCGCCGCAGAGAUCCUCUCCGGCUUCGCAGAUAACACCAUCGCGCGCUCCUGGCUCGAAUCGACCGAUGGCUUUGCCACCAGCCUGCUCCGCCUCGCCUGUCUCCUGAGCAUAGAUCGCACAGCAGGGAACGCCUCCGCUUCUUCGGUGACCUCGUCCUCAGCGACGGCAGUGUCGCACCGGCACGGUAGCCACCCAGGCGCCCGGGCUGCGGAGGUGGAAUUCCAUGGCUAUGGGUCCAUUACGUCGCGGGCACUAGCGACCCUUGUGCGCCUUGCGCGGAAGUCGAGGAUGGCGGAUUCUACUAGCGGUGGCGGUAAUAAUAAUGCGGGAGGGAGUGGAAGUGGAAGUGGAAAUGGGAGUAAAGAGGGUGAAGUUCCGUUGGGAGUGUUGCCGAAGAAGGAGAAUUUGCUCGGCGCACUUUUGACGCCGAAUAUUGAUCCAAAUGUUGUAAGGCAGCUUUGUGAAUAUGCGGGGUUGGGAGGUUGAGAUUUACCUUGGUCUGUUCUUCCUUUUUGCAUUAUGCCUUUGCUAUUCAUUUUUAUUCACUUUUGUAUUUUUUUUGUUCAGCCAGGCUUGGCUGGGUUGGAAUGGGGCGUCAAUAUAUAUAUAUAUAUAUAUGCUUUUAUCCUUAUCUUUAUCCUUGUCUGUAUUUUGUGUGAAGGAGAAGGUAUUCUCAACAGGACGGAAUGGGCGGAUGUGCAACGCAAUUCAAUGCGAAUGCAGAGUACAGGGGGCAAAUUGGGGUUGUCGACGAAUCCUUCCUCCGUUUGUUUUCCCUCUUUCCUUCUUUUUUCGCCUUUUUCUUUUUUUCUUUCUUCGUCCUACCUCAUCUGUCUCUGUCUCUGUCUCCCCCUCUCAAUCUUGAGUGUUUUUAUAUUUUCCACUGUAUUUUUCAUUUUCGUUUUUGUCGUGAGUGAGUGAGUGAGGGAUUGAUUGAUUGAUUUGGUUUUUUAUUGUGUAUCUAGCUAGCUACCCUACAUAUAUCAUUCUUCGUCUUC